CCAACGCAUCCACAUGCGACACGCACACACGAGCGUACUCUACGGAAAGGAACGAAAAGGAGCAGUCAGCAGAAGAUUAAAAAUAUUUGUUUGAAAACCUGAAGUUAAGAAAAAGUUUUGUUUCGAAAUAUCACAAUAAUUGUUUAACUCUCUCUUGUAAUCAUGAUUAUUCUUCGCUUCACAUCUAUGAAAAAAUAAAACAUUUUCUUUGCGACGUUUGCGACUAAAUUUCUGACUAAGGUUAAGUUAUUCAAACAACAUUUUAAACAAAUCUGAAGUAAAAAACAUGGCUCAAAGCAGGUUGGAAAAAGUAGGAACCAUUUUUUCCAGAACAACUUCAUUAUUGAAAGGAGGCGUGAUGAAAGAAGAAGAUGUUCCUCUUUGGCAUGCGAUUUACAAAGCAUUUCCUCCGAAAUACGAACCAAGAUUCGACAGGCCAGGAUCGCAAGCCCCCAUCAAAAAUAUUUAUUACACCGAAGACGUCAUUCGAGCGAAAUUUCAAGACGAUUUCGCGAGUGUAAUAGACAGUAACUUAUACUCCAAGCAACCAUCACGAACUCAACAAUUCAUUGCUGAGUAUCGAAAACUAGAAAAGGAAGGCGUUCCUGAAUCUGAGUUGUACGAUAAAACAAAAGAAAAAUUUGUUUGGUUAUUGGACAAAGUUCAUGAGAAAAAAGAGUUAAGAGAUACUCGACAGGCACGAGAAAGGCAAGAGUUAAGGCAGCAAAGCAACUUCAAAUCAGAUACUGAUUUGAAAAAAUCAAAUGUUGAUAUGCGAAAAGUAUUUGGAUAGAGUGCCUCGUGAACUGAAUCUUUUUAUAAUAAAUUCGUCACAUAUUAUGAGUUAGUGGAUCAAUUCAAAUUAUUAUUAGUUUACCAGAUAUUUAAUAAAUAGUUUGCAAAAUA